GCCGAACGUCUGGACGGACUCACUGCAACUGAAUGAUAGUUGAAUCUCCUCCUUUAAAUCGGGAUCUUGUGGUCAAUAACUGACCGAACUGUGUGAGUCCAGAACUUCAGGUCCGGAUUCCCCUGGGAGAAAAGUUCAGGCUGCCUUCCUGUUCUUACCAUGGACGCCCAGAGGAGGCUGACAGCUUAUUGUCACUAGACCCCGUGGAGGAGAAGAAUGGACCGAGUGAAAACUGACCCGAACGAGGUGGACUGAUCCCCGCCAUGUCGCCCUCCUCUCCCUGCCAGGAGGGCUACAGGCCGGGGCCGGCGCCGCCCGUCCCGCCGCGCAGGCUCCGGAACAGGGACGGGGGCUCCGGAGGGAGGGCGCGGCGGGCGGCCGCUCCGGAGAGGCGGGUGAAGUGUGUGCUGGUCGGGGACGGAGCGGUGGGGAAAACCAGCCUGGUGGUCAGCUACACCACCAACGGAUACCCCACCGAGUACGUCCCCACGGCGUUUGACAACUUCUCAGCGGUGGUGUCAGUGGACGGACAGCCGGUGAAACUGCAGCUGUGUGACACAGCAGGACAGGACGAGUUUGACAGGCUCCGACCGCUGUGCUACACCAGUGCAGACGUCUUCAUGCUGUGCUUCAGCGUCGUCAGUCCCGCCUCCUUCCAGAACGUUCCAGAAAAAUGGGUCCCAGAGAUCCGUAAACAUGCCCCCUUCGCUCCCCUCGUCCUGGUGGGGACACAGUGUGACCUCAGAGAAGACGUCAAGGUGCUCAUCGACCUGGCCAAGUACCGGGAGCGGCCUGUGGACCCCUCGGAUGCCCGGGACUGUGCCAUGGAGAUCGGAGCGGUGGCCUACAUGGAGUGCUCCUCUCUGACCCAGAAGAACCUGAAGGAGGUGUUCGACACGGCCAUCCUGGCCAGCCUGCAGAAAUACGGCUCGCGGAAACGCUCGAGAGGCAAACAGAAGCAGCGGAAAAAGGCGAGGCAGACCCCGGACAAGAUGAAGAGUCUGUCCAAGUCCUGGUGGAAACGGUACUGCUGCGUGGCGUAGAGCAGACCCGGGACUGGAUCCGGCUCUGAUUCUGGGCUGGAGGUCUAAACUAUAUAAAACCCUGACUGGGACGUGGAAUAUUGUGGAUGAGAUUUACUACUGAGCUUUGAGUCGCCCGGAGGAUUCUCUGGUGUUUAUUCACUUUGACUGGUUAAACCCCAGUUCUGUUCUGGGACCAGUGAAAGAUGUGACAGAGUCAUGUCCAGGUUGCUUUUCUCUGGAUUUCUGGUCCAAAUAUACGAAGGAAAAAAAUUAAAAAACAGACAAAAAAAACCCCAUCUUGGUACAAAUAGAUCCUGCCUUUUUAUGCAUCCCAGAGGAAAACUGGAAUCUUUGUUGGAUCUAAUUAUUAUAAUGCUGAUCUAAGCCAAACAACACACUGUCAGCCGACUGUAAAUUGUUCCCAAUUCUGGACUGGUUUAAAAUAAGACCAGAAAGAGAGUCGCCCUCAGCCCAGACUUUGUCACGGGGGAUUUUAUGACCCAGACAUGAAGUCAAAACAAGUCCAUCCUGACGUUCAUUCAGACCAGAGCCAUUGUUAUCAUGAUGAGAGGACUCGUUGAGGAACCACAUCCUGAUUUUACACGUUCACUUUUGAUCAUAAAUCAGCUUUCAGUUUGGUCUUAAACAGAACAAUUUGUACCAACUUCAGGCUUUGUUUUUUUAUGCAAGAGCUCAAAUCAUAUCUAAUCUUGAUACGAACUUCUGCACAUUUUUGUCCUAUCAGAAGACACAAACUGUUCCCGUUUUGAUCACAACUGAGAUUUACAAACAACCCACAUUCUUUAGGUCUUUUUUUUCUGUGGCAGCAAACAAACUAUUUCAUGUCUCCAUAUUGAAGGUGAUUUAUCAUCUUUUCCUCUCAAACUCAUCAGGACUGGCAGUGGAAACAGAGCGAAGCCGGUUCAGGUUUGUUAGCUGUGAAAACGGAUCGUUUCUUCUGCACGUGUUUGACAUAUAACUGAAACAAAGUGGUUUUAAUAUUUCCUCUGCUAUAUGUGAUUUAUCCUUUCAGACUUGACUAUGAGCGUUUGCUGAAUCAGAUCCUCCAUGGUUAAAUCUAAAACGAGCUAUAAUUAAUUCAUAAUGCAUUUUUCUAUCUUUGUUUCUUAAAAAAAAUAUUUUUUUUCUUUUAUAGUACUGGAUAUUAUUGUUAGUUGCUGACACUCUGUGUCUAUAACACAUCAAUUAUCUAUAAAACUGGUGUUUUUUUCUUCCUAAUAUUUCAUCAAAUGAAAACCACAAACUUUAAUGUUUUCUAUUUUAUGCGACAAACCAAGACACAGUGGUGCAUCGAUAUGAGGAACAGAAGUAAAUCAUCGUUUCAGUUUGUUUCAACAGAUGAAAAUCUAAAAAGUGCGGUGGGCAUUUGUGCCCAGCUCCUCUAAAUCAAUAAAGGGGAUAACGAUGCAUCAAAAUAUGCAAAUAAACAAACAUUUAAGUCUGUCUUUAAUUAAAAAGACAAACAUUUUAUUGCCUUAAAUGCAGUAGUAGCAUUAUUUCACUUGUAGCAAAGGAUGCAUCUGCAACUCAAACAAAUACAAGCAUGUGAAAAGCUCAGCCUCUUUUAAUCAACUUAAUAUCAAUAAAAUGUAGAUGAUCUAUUGACUAUUUCUUAAAUUAAUAAUUGGACAGCAAGAAGUGAUUAAUAUGGGAUUUUGUUUUACAGAAUUUGAACCAGGUGAAGCUAAACCUGCCACUAGAAUACUUAUGGGUAAAACAUAUUCACAAAUAAAAGGUUAUUAUUUUUUAAUCUUGAAUGCCAAAUGCAUACAUUUUAGUACAGUUUUGGUUUAAUUACUGCUGUUUCUAAUGCAACUCAAUGUGUCGAUGUUUAACUGCUGAUAGCGAAUGCUUUGUGUGUUGCAGGGAGAAAAGGCACAAUAGGUUAUUUGUCUUGUGGAGCAAAGUGGGCUAAAGGUCACACACUCUUAUGAUAGCUGGCAUUUCCUGUGUCAAGUUUAACAGAAGUUAUUUAAUUCACUCCGGUUUAAGCGUCUCAGUGGUGUUAAUCAUGUUGUUCUGUCUCGCCUUUCCGUGUCAAUCAGCAGAAAAUGCCUGACUUGUUUUUUAAAACGACGUUAAAAUGAGAUGGUUUUAAACGUCUAAAUGCUGCGAUCCUGUAGAUUCUGCUUUAUUUAAUCACCACAGAAGCUACUCUGAUAGCAAUAAAGCAAUGCAACGCGCGACAACACUGGCACAAAUUCACUUGUGACGCCAUCUUUUGAGGCUAUGAAAGGUUCGAGGGUUUCCCUUGUUUUGACUUCUUCUCAGGUGGUUGCUGCAGCGACAUGACGGACGAAGGGCUUCGUAACGUGGAGCAGAUGGCUAUCUGAACGUGGAGGCAGAAAACAGAUGUGAUGAAUGCUGGGGUUUUUCUGUUUUGUUGAAAGUAAAGCAUAAUUAUUCUUUGUUGCUGUUGUUGAGGUUCGUAGAACUGUGUGAGAGCUGAAACUUCAUGACUUUGAUUUACUGGGUGUUGUUGCGACGGGCCUCCGCUGUACGCUGGCAAUGUUUAAUACGUGACUCAGAGACGCGGCGUCAGCCAGCUGGUGUUUGGUCUCAUUGGACGUGAAGCAAAGAAACACAAAAAUACACAUAAAUACGUCUGAUUUAGGGCACAAAAUGAAACUGGUCAUUGUAAUCAUCUAUGUCCAGGGCCGGACUCACAGGGAUAAGGGCCCGGGUCUAGAGCCGGUUUAGGUACCCCAUCUAAAAAAGAAAAAACAAGCAUUUUACACAUGGAGAUUACAGGUGAUGAAUAGGUAGGCCUAAACAUCAACAGGUUUAAAACCUCCCAGGUGAACUGGCCCCAUGUUUGUCCCCAAUAGAUGCACUAUAAGUUCAGAAUUUUCAAAUAUUUGAGUUUUGUAUGCAUUAGCGUUAGUAUCAAUCAAAAAAUGCCCAAAAAACACAUUUCAGACAGUCUUAUAUGUUUUAUGCAAGCUACAAUGUAAAACAUUAAUUCAUUACAUAAAUCUUUGGGGCCCCCAAAACCUGGAGCCCUGGGCUACUGCCACUGUAAGCCCAUUCUGAGUCCGGCCCAGUCUACGCCCUGUGACUCUGUGAGUUCAAACAGAAACGGAUCUAAUCUGAGCGUUUGCAGAUCUUACAGGGGCCACCAGUUCAGAGCCUCUUUCAGAAAAGCAGCUGACCGCGGCCUGUGUGAACCACCGCUCCUGUUUUCACUGGUUGAAAAACAAAAACAGACAAUACGCUGCUGCCAUCUGCUCAUCUCAAGCUUGUCGUUAAUCUGGAAAUAUCAGUGAAAGGAAAAUGUGUUUGUACAGAUCUGAUAUACUCUGAGAAAUAAAGAAUAUUUGUAAUAAAGACGUGGUAUCUGAAA